AUUAUUCGAGUAACAAUGUUUUCCGCUUUAUUGCUUGUAAACUUUCAGUUUCAUUGUUUUAAAAGUAAAAAUGUGAUUGUAAAGUUGUUUAAUACGGCAGUGUUAAAACAAAAAAUUGUUAUUGAUCUUGAAGAUACUAAUAAUCUUAAAGAAGUGUCUAGAUUUGGUUAUGAUACUUUAACAAUUGAGGACGACAAUCUACCAGUUAUUGCAAAAGAUUUUUUAUCUAAUUUAGAUGAAGUUGUCGCUAUAGAAUUGCUAAAUGAUGGCAUAGAAGUUUUGAUGCCAGGUUGUUUUAAAGAACUGCAAUCACUUCGAACAAUAAGUUUACGUCAAAAUAAAAUUAAGAAUAUUCCAGAAGGUGUAUUUGAUAACCUUAAUAUAUCUUCCUUAAAUUUAAGAAGUAAUGCUAUAGAAAAUUUUGAUGGGAAAGCAUUGAACAACAUGCCAAACUUAAUAAACAUCGAUCUCGAAAACAAUAAUAUAAAAAUUUGGAACAGUGAUUGGUUCUACAAUAUACCAUUUGUAUCGAGAAUUAAUUUUAGAAACAAUUAUUUGGAAAAACUUCCGGCAAACGCCUUUAACAACAUACAAGGAAAUAAAGUUUAUUUACGAGUACCUUUAAAACGUACCUUACAAUUCAGCUACAAUAGAUUAAAAACCAUCGACAUUGGUGCUUUUAACGGUUUGUCUGAAAUAAAUAAUUUGUGGCUGGAUCAUAAUCAUUUGCAAUCGUUCAACGAAGUUCUCAUUAAAAACACCAAAAUCGAAGAGUUAAGGUUGGAUGGCAACGAAAUCAAACGUCUAUCUGGAAACUGGAAAAACCUAUUGGAAAUUCCAUUUAUUUCAGUUGAUGCCAACCUGUUCGAUUGCGAUUUUCUCAGUAUUAAAGAGACAGAGAGAGAAAUCGACGAUAUUCUCUCGGAUAUGAAUUGUAAGGCGGAUAGAAUCAAAGGGAUGUUGGAUGAUAUGAUAAAUUUAUCGAUUUAUCGUCUGGAGCAGUUGAAGAAAGAAAGAAUGGGCUUGACAACCAUUGAACCCAUGACAUAA